AUGCGCAGACACCUGAGGAGACCUGAGGAGACACCUGAGGAGACACCUAAGGGGACACCCGAGGAGACAUUUGAGGAGACACCUGAGGGAACACCCGAGGAGACACCUGAGGAGACACCAGAGGAGACACUAGAGGAGGCGAUUGAAGAGCCACAUGUACAGCCUAUGGGGCUGCAAGAUGGAACAAGGGCAAGAGAGAAGAGAGAGAAGCAGCCUAGCAGCAGCGCAGCAGCAGCAGCAGCAGCAGCAGCAGCAGAAACUGCAACGGAGGCAGCCAGCGCAUGCAUGCAGAGACAGCGCAUGCAUGCAGAGACAGCUGCAGCGGGGCUUGCUGCUCGUACUGUCUCCAAGGGCGCUGUGGGGUCUAUUCUGGCUACAGACUCCUGGAUAACAUGGUCCCCUACUUCACAGGUUUCUACUUGGUCUCCAACCGCCUCAACAAUGCCAGAGGCCUCGUGCCCUAAAAUGCACGGAAAAACCCCUUCAGGGUCUCUCCCGGUGCGAGUAUACUGCAGCAGCAGCAGCAGCAGCAGCAGCAGCAACACAGGCAGCGGCAACAGCAGCAGCAGCAGAAGGAGCAGGAGCAGCAGCAGGAGCAGGAGCAGCAGCAGAAGCAGAAGCAGAAGCAGAAGCCGCAAGAAGCAACAUCAGCACAAGCAGCAUACGCACAAGCAAGAAAAAGAGAAGCAACUGCAGCAGCAGCUGCAGCAGCAGUAUAUGCAGUAUCUGCCCCUGAGGUGUACCGGCACGCAUCCCUAA